GAUCCUCACGUGCAGAUCACAUAUCCAUCUUCUUCCUCGCACCGAAGGGAAAUCGGGAGUACAAAAUUUCAAAACCCUAAAAACGAACAAUUUGAAAAUCUAAUGGAUCCAGCUCCGCCGUCAACCACCAAGAGCUGGAGCAUACAUACCCGCCGGGAGAUCACCUCCAAGUACGAGAUUCAAAACCGAAUCGGAUCCGGUGCCUACUCCGACGUCUACAAAGCUCGCCGUCUCUCCGACGAUCUUACAGUCGCAUUAAAGGAAGUUCACGAUUACCAAUCCGCUUUCCGAGAGAUCGAUGCGCUUCAAACUCUACAACAUUCUCCGAAUGUUGUCGAGUUGCACGAGUACUUCUGGAGCGAAGACGAAGAUGCAGUGCUUGUUCUCGAAUACCUUCCGACGGAUUUGGCGUCGGUGAUCCGCACCGCGAAGAAGGAAUGGAAUGGGUUGAGCGUCGGAGAGAUCAAGCGAUGGAUUAUUCAGAUUCUAUUGGCGGUUGAUGCUUGUCAUCGAAGUUCCAUCAUUCAUCGUGAUUUGAAGCCAUCAAAUUUGUUAAUUUCCGCCACCGGUGUACUCAAGUUAGCUGAUUUCGGCCAGGCAAGGAUCCGUCUAGCACCUGGAUUCCUUUCAGUUCACGACAACACACAGCCACAAGUCCAAGAAUCAUCUCUCUUCCAACAACAAGAAACAAUCACCCAAGAAACCCGUCCAAAUCUCAUGGAACCACCACCUCUAAGAACCAUAGAAGAAUACCCAAAAGACCCCAUUGAUGAACUCCAACUCGAGAAAGAAACAAACUUCCCAGAUGUAGACACAUCAUGUCUCGCCACAUUCACCACUAGUGACAUAGAAGACGACUUCCUCAAAAGCAACUACUCAUACAAUGAAACCGGAAAUGACGAAUCCGCCCUUCUAACAUCAUGUGUCGGGACCCGUUGGUUCAGGGCACCCGAGCUUCUAUUCGGGUCAACAAAUUACAGUGCAGAAAUCGAUUUAUGGUCUCUCGGGUGUAUAAUCGCAGAGCUUUUCACUCUACAACCGAUUUUUCCAGGCACUUCAGAUAUCGAUCAAUUAAGUCGAAUUUUUACAGUUUUAGGCAACUUAAAUGAAGAAAUAUGGCCCGGGUGUACACAAUUACCUGAUUAUAAAAUAAUUUCAUUUGGGAAAGUUGAAAACCCAAGUGGGUUAGCUUCGUGUCUUGUGAAUAGAUCACAAGAUGAGAUUUCACUUGUGGAGAAGUUACUUUGUUUUGACCCGGCGGGUCGGGCUGCAGCCAUGGAGCUGCUUCAUGAUAAGUAUUUGAAUGAAGAACCGGGUCCGGUUCCUUUGGGUGAAUUGCGGGUUCCCGGGUCGAACCGUGGUGGAGAUGAUGAUGGGUCGAGUGAAUCUGGUGAAUGGGGUGGGGGUGGACCCAUGGGUUCGGAUUCGGAUUUUGAUGAUUUUGGUGGGUUUGAUGUUACUAAAGGAAGUGGUGGAGACUAUUCGCUAAGGUUCGAGUGAUUUUGUUUUGUUUAUAUGUUAUUACUUUUUUGUAAAUGUAACUUAAACAUGAAUGAGAUAAUAAAGUUAAACAUGUUAAUGUUUA